AUAAUUUUAAAAUCCGGAAUUCAGAAGAUCUUUAGGGAACUUUAAAUUUAGUUCAUCCUUUAAACAUCCAGUGUUACUUUCAUCUGAUGAAAGGAAGAUGUACACCAACUUUUCUGCUUGUGUAAUUUGUGUUUUGACAAUGUGGUUAGCAUUGUCGUAUGCAAGACAUUGCCCAAGAGACAGAUCCAGAAACGUUCGAAAUUUACUGAAAGAAGUCAUGUAUCCACUUUUUCAUCAAGUCAAGGCCAGUUUUCCCGACACCUGUCUUAUAUCUCCGGAGAGGGAUAAAUACUUGUUACAGGAAGAAAACAAAUUUUCCGAGGGAAUUUCCAAAUGGUACUGCAAUUACUGUGGGAAGGGCUUCUACUCUGAAGAUUUCCUAGACCAACAUUUUGACAACAAACAUCCUGAAUUUGUCAGAGAAGACCAGUCAGCUGUUUGCUUUGGGGACUACUGUGACAUCAUGAGGUGUGACAUCAUUGCGGGAAGACGGAAGAAGGAAUUCUGGGACGUUUCUUUGUGUCUGGAGAGUGACAUGAAAGACCUAAUGGAGGAUUGUGAGAAAUUGUUGAGCGCUUGUAUUCCUGAUGGCUUGAGUAAAAAUGCUACAGAAUUCCUAAUAACUCAUUCGACACAAAAUAUCUGCUCAUUUCUCACCUGUAAGAAGUAUUGGGAGUCUGCCAUAGAAGAGCCCAGUGAUAGCGCCAUCUUUUACUCCAUCCUCACCAUCUUCCUCAUCAUCGUUCUCGUCAUCUACUACUGUGUAGCCUAUCACUAUUUUUAUACAGACACAUUUACAGAUUCAUAUUACGAAACUUACUAUGAAAGACACCAUCCUCUCAACAGUGUUCCUGCGACCAGAGAACAAAACUCGGGGACCAGACGAAGAAUACUAGAGGAGCUAGAUGCCGACAUCAGCUGACAGACAAUUUCGUAGUGACUCCAGUCAUUUUAGGUUUUAGAUGCAAGAAGUAUCUGUUGUUUGAUGUGGAUUUUUGUAAGGAAAGACUUUGAAAAUGUAGAGACUUGCGAUUGAUAUCAUUAUGAAAGUGACAUUGAUUUUGGUUCUUGAGAUGAACUAGUGUGGAAAAAUGUAAGUCAUAGAUGGCAACAUCUUGCUUUUUAUAUAGACAGCCUACAUGGCCACACACGGGAAUAGUUGUGAGGAAAUCCACAUGCAGAGGGAUGUGAGAAUGCUCAUUUCUACAAUUCAUAAUAAUCCAUUCCAUCAUCAUGACGGUGCACAAGUCUUAUUUUUGUUUUUGAAUUAAAGAACUUUCAGAAAAAUCUGUUAACAAUUGCAUACACUUAUUGCCAUGAUUUUGAAUUGCAGAAAUGAUCAGCCUCACUUACAGUAUUCAUGAUAUGGGGAUGAUAUGGCCUUGACAUAUUUUCCAAAAAUUUCAAAGUCAUGAACAUGGGUAAAGAUCCCAUUACCUGUCUCUCGGUACAGCAUACUCCAAUGGACUUUUUUGUGGCUCUCCAUGAAAUGAUCGGAACAUGUAGUGUUACUGUGUUCUGUUUGUCAUAGUUGGGUUUAAUUUUGUACAUCUUUUUACAUUAAUGAUGUACAGAUCAAUUUUGAGUUACAUAUUAACCUAUUUUCACGGAAGUUAUUGCACUUACACUUUGAAAAUUUCUUGUUAUUCACUUUUUCAAAAUUUUGUUUGGCUGUGCUUUGCAAAUGAGCAGAUUUUUGGUAUUUAUCUUCAUAUUGAUUGCCUGUCUGUCGAAUUCUAGUUCAUCAAUGUUACUUUGAAAAUAUCUAAUCAUUAACUGUUUCCAGGACAAUUAUUUUCCUUCUGAUUUUCUUUUAGAUAAUAAGAAUUUUUUUUAUUGUGUUUAUGAUCCAGGAAUUAACUUACUUUUACCAGAGUUAUUGCCCUUGGACUUUAAAUGGUCCAGUCAGUACUAAAUUUUUACCCUUUUAAUUCAUUUGCAUCUAGUGUUAUUUUCACAUCCUUGACUUUCAGUUCUCAAAAUGUGAAUUUCAGCAGGAGCAUUUGUUUCCUACUGACACAUCUAGUUUGUUAUGACAUCAUCAUUUGCUUCAUUACUCCCAAUUAAUUCUUCUGGAAACCUUAUUUGGUUUUUAAUCUGUUUGUCAUAUGCACCCCAACCUCCAAUCCAGUUUUCCUAGUGACAGGUUUUGAGAGCGUUCAUUUUGAUACUAAUGAUCAAUAAAAAAAAAAAGAAGUUGAUUUUAGGAUAAAAGAAAUAUACAUAUUUAAGUUGUUGUUUGCCACAUUGCAUGGAUUGCAAUUUUUAUCCAUAAUUUCUACUAUUUAUAGAUCAUGUUAUUAAAUUGUCAUGUGAUGUAGAACCUAUUUUCCAAGCAUUGAUAGAGAGAGGUGUAAGUAAAGCUUGCUUGCUGCACCCUCUGGUGAGAGAAUGAGACACUUUAUCUAUGUUUAUCUUUUAACCAUGUUACAUGAAUUUUCAUAUAAAUUACAAACUAGAGGGUGAAAAAUAAUCCAUCAUGAACUGACCCGUGUUGGCUUUAGGAAAUCUCACCUGCAGGGUUGAAUAUUUUGGUCAUGGACUUGACGUGAUUUAUUUCUGACCAAAAUAUUCAACUGGAGGGUGAGAUUUCCCAAAUCCCACAUGCAGACUUGCUAUAUGAAUUCUUUUAUCCCUAAAAGCAUAAAUACUAUGUAAUAUGUGUUUGUAUGGAUUUUGGAUCAUGCAAGAAAUUUUAGUGUGCUUUUAAACUUUGACAUUUUUAACUUUUGUAAAAAAAAAAAAAAAAAAAUUUUGUUAUUAAUAUAAAGAAAAUUGUGAAUAAAGUUCCUAUAAGCAUUUGGGUUUUUUCUCUCAGUAGGAAGUUGGGUGACUCAAAUUCAUCUGAUAAGCAGCUGUGACAUGCUGCUGGAAAUGUACACAGUAAUUUAAGCAGUUGUUCAAUGAUCUUAAAAAUUUGCUAUAAUGUUCCUGUUGAUGUGUUAAUUUUGUUACAAAAUUAAAGUAAAUUAUAUUGAGGAACAUUGGAAAAUGAAAAUUAUAUCAACUCCAUUGCCUCCUUAUUAUCUAUGCUAUUUAUAAUUGGUAUGUGUGCUUGCACAUUUCUUAUGAUAAAACUAUGUACCUCUACUGUCAUUCCAUUACAAAGGGAGGGGUAUUUUUUUUUUUGUGAUGACCUUGACCAGCAUAUGACCUAUGUGUAAGAAUGAGUUAUUGUCAACAUUCGGAGAAAUUAGAGGUGCACGCAUUUCCUUCAGUAAUGAGACAUGCAGGUCAAGAAGUGGCUGUAACAUUUAAUGCCAAGAUGUGGUUUAGGAUCAAUUUCAAUGAUAGGGGUUUAUAUUAAUAUAUCUUUAUUCCUUCAUUUGGAAAUACUGAUUUCUCUCUCUAGUAGAACGAAUCUGAUCAGAAUUCGACCCUUUGAUCCUCUUUUUGUUAUUCAGCAAAAUUGCUCCUGCAGCAAUUGGUUGUUCAGAAAUUUCCUUCAUUGUACAUAACACCCCAAAGGAUUGCAAAAGACUGACAACUUAUGAAGAUGUUAUGAUUUACAAUAAGUAAAGGCCCAGUAUUUUGUAUUUACAAAUAACCUUCAACUGCCUAGCUACCACCUGUCCUUUUUAUACACUCUUGGACGAAACGUGCGUUCUGGACUACUUUACUUCGUUAUGACUCGAUAAAGAAUUUUUGAUUUUGUUUACUUGUGACCUUGACCUGAUAAGUUUUGGGAAAAUUCACCUGGCCCUGGGUAUUCUGAGAAUCUUUGAGCCUCCAAUGUUUCUUGGUUACAAAGUUGUAAUCAGGAAAAUUCUUCUCAAAUUCAAUUCAGAUGUGUCCUUAACACCUGGAUUCCCUUUUCCCUGAGGUAAUGCCAUGACCAAAUUAAGGAUGUACUCUACAUCAUUAUAAUGGCUGCCUUCCUUUUAAAACAUGGAUGAAAAUAGAUAUCAGCAAUAUUUGUCUAUUCGUUUAAAAAAAUAAUCGCCUAGCUGAGUAGCCAAGUAGGUUUAGCACGUCGACUGCUGAACUGUAGAUCGCGAGUCCAAAUCCAACAGGGGUUUCAAAUUUUGUUUCAGACUGGUUUCUAAUACUGCAUUUUUUGACUAAAUAAAGUAGAUUUGAAAGUCUUCACUUUCAAAAUAUUGUUGUACAUAUCCUCCAUUUUUCAUCCAUAUCAAAUUCUUUGGUGUAGCAUACAUCCUUAAGUCUUCAUUAUUUUGUGAUGCUUUUGUAUCAGUUUUGUUGAUAUCAGAUCAGCGGUUCUUUAAUUCUUAGCAAUUCCACUAGCUUUUUCCAGUUUUUUAGUUAUCAUCCUUUGAUUACGGACUGCUUCCUUCAUUUUGUUUCUGAAAAGCCCUUAGCCCAAUGCUAUUAUGCAUAACAUUUCAAACAUUUCCCUCAAAAUAUGGUCCAUAUUCCAAACUUUAUACACACCUUCAGAUGGACAUAUAACCUUGCCAAGUCUUUGAUUCAGGCAAGCUAAAAAAAAAAAAAGGCAGCUCCACUGAUAAAAUGUACAUGUCAUGAUUGGAAUCAGGGGAAUUGAUUGAGCUUUUUUACACCAUUACACACAUAGUCUGUGUUUAUGGUGUAAUCCUACACUGGCUGGACACAUGCUUGCUAUACUACCUGUAAGUGAAUUGUAAACAAAAUAGGUCACUUCCUUUAUCGUUCAAUUUAAUUUACAUGCAAUGAUGAAUUACAAUGGUUGUUUCUAUUCAUUUCUGUAAAUAUCUUUAAUCAUUUCAGAAAAUUAUUAAAGGUUUUGAAAACUUCAUAAAAGAUUGUGAUAUACAUGUACAAUACAAUUCAGUCUAAAAUGAUCAUAGCUACAGAUCUGUAGCACUCUGGGGAAAAUGGUUUCCCAAAGAACAACACAUCUGUAUUAAGUGUAAGAAAAUCGCCUGAGCUCCCCUGCAAGACUGUCAAUGCUCUUGCAAUUUUACCGAUUGACUAGUAAAAUACCAGUUUCUUGAUUGACCUGAUGAAAUCAAUUAUGGUAUCCGAUCCAUAAAGGCAUUUAUUUUCACAAAAAGUCAACAUUUCUAGCACCAAAUGUUUUGUGAAAACAAAAUGCCUGAUUUUUUGCGAGAUAAAGAUGGCAGAUAGAGUAGAUGAUGUCACAUCUAUUUAUAGUGAAUUAGAUUUUUUCAAUCUCUCACCAAAGGGCGCAUUACGCUGCGCUACAACACCUCUGUCAACGUCUAAAUGUCAAGAUUCUUGGCAAAACUUACCUAUACCUAUAGCAUCAUGGAUAAUAAUUUUAUAAGUUUAAGUUUUAUGCUUUAAAUCUUUAAGUAGGUUCACAAAAACAACGAAUUCCAUGAUUAUACUAGUAUUAUUGAAUGAAUGAAUAUUUAUAUAAACCUUCUAAUUCGCUCAGGUGUCUCAUAUUUACCAUCUUCUGAUUUUAAAAAAAUUCAGAGAAGUGUUUGAUUUGCUCAGAUAUUAUCAUUACAGUUCGAUAUGCUAAGUUAGUUUUUGUAUGUUUUGAUAUAACUUUUUAGACGUUGACAGAGGUAUUAGUGGAGCGUAGCGGGAACGAUAACUCUGGGUAGAGAUUGAGAUUUUUUGUCAGGGUUAUCUCCCCUUGUAGAAAAAAUUAAAUAUUUUCAUAAUUUGUUUGAUGACCUUUACUUUUCUUUGCAUAUUUUGAAAGACCAUGAUAAUAGGAAUCUUUUCACCAUGAGCUUUCUUUGGAGAUUAUAUUCUAAUGGACUUCAUAUGUCAGAAAUGUUUUUUCUCAUAGGGAUUAAUGUUAAUCUCUAUAACAGAUAUUUCUUAUAUGUCUUGUCAAUUUUGAAAAUUCUUUUGGUGAAUUACUGUGUAUGUUAAUUAUCUUUCAUUUGAUACCAAGUUUUGUAUUGCAUAAUGAUUAAGAUGGGGGUUUUAUGGAUCGGAUGGCAGGUCAAUACAUAAUUUUUGAUAUUUCUCUAUCCAGGAUGUAAAAACAAAACUAUUACUGGAAAAAAUUUUUAUUGCAAAAGUCCUAUGCAGUAAUAUUUGCUAUAGCUUGAUAAUUAAUUUACGGUUGAAAGCACAUAUAUAUAAACCUUCAGUUGAUGUUUAUAUGAAUGAGACAUCAAUCAUUAAAGUUACGGACAAACUAGAUUGUCACAUGAUCAAAUCACGUUACCAGUGUGACACAUGUCACAUUAUUUCAUAUAUCACAAUUCUUAAUACCAAAGUAGCUUGCACAAAUAACUUUCAGGUCAAAGCAUUUCCAAAAUAUCAGGUGACUAAAACAUGUCAAAUAUUGUACAAACACAACUCAACUUUAUCUUGCAUUUCUUGAAUCUUAAGAAUAUGCACAGAUUUACAAGGGAGAGAACUUACACUGCACAAUCCCCGCC